AUGUCUCCCCCCCCCCGCUGCAGGGCCCCCUGGGGCCUCUGCUGUCUCCUUGCUGCUGCAGCAGCAGCAGCAGCAGCAACAGCAGCAGCAGCAGCACCCAUACAGCAGCAGGAGACAGACACUCUGGGGCCUGAUGUUGCUGCUGCAGCAGAUUACAAUCCUUUGCUGCCUCCGGAUGCCACGGUGCCGCUGCAGCAGCAGCAGCAGCAGCAGCAGCAGCAGCAACUGCAGCAGCAGCAGCAGCUGCAGCACGAAUGGUUGAUGCAGCAGCAGCAGGAGCAACAGGAGCAGCUGCAGCGGGAACUGUUGCUGCAGCAGCAGCGGGAAGAGUUGCUGCAGCAGCAGCAGGAGCAGCAGCAGCAAGAGCAGCUGCAGCAGGAGCAGUUGCUGAGGCAGCAGCAGGAGCAGCUACAGCAGCAGGAGCAACUGCAGCAGCAACAGGAGCAGCUACAGCAGCAGGAGAAGCUGCAGCAGCAGCUGCAGCAGCAGCAGCAGCAGCAGCAGGAGCUGGAGACUACCAGCACAGACACAGGAGGAGACAGUGUCUCCGAAGACAGCACAUUGUAUGGCCGCCGCCGCCGCCGCAGCAGCAGCAGCAGCAGCAGCAGCAGGAGCAGCAGCAGCAGCAGCAGCAGCUCUGCUUCUGCUUACAGCACUGCAGCAGAAACAGCAUACGACAGCAGCAGCGAGGAGACAGAGACAGCCAAAGAGGAGACACAAACCACCACGCAGCAGCAAGCUCUCCGUACUCUAUAUUGUUAG